CGCACGCACUGAAAUCGUAAAGAAAAACAAAGCAAUAGCGGAAUGUCGAACCGGAAACGUCAAAACAUGGUGAAGACGACGCGGCCGCCACUGCCACCUAUUAUCAACGAGGACGACGGGGAGUUGCCGUUCUUUAAGCAGGAUUUCUUUUCAGACGUGGGCCUGAUAGUGCAGGGCAAGAAGCUUUGGACUGCGAGGUGCAUCCUCGCCUACAACUCGCCCGUCUUCGAGAAACAGCUUGCACCGGCCAAGAAGACGGAGAUAGAACUGCACAACAAGAACUACGAUGAUGUUGUAGAGCUGUUGUGCUAUCUCGACCCCCGUGUCCAAUACACCAUCACCGCGCAAUCAGCCAAGCAGUUGUUGCCUCUCGCGGAAGAAUACGAAAUGUUUCGACUCAGACGAGAUUGUGAGAUCGUUUUGUAUCAUGCCUAUGGGCAGCUUCGGAAAGACCAUCGACUUGGCCACAUGCCACCGGACGUAAACGAGGAGUACCUUAUCAUAGCGGACCGGUACAAGUUCGAGGAGCUACUUCAGAUGUGCAUAGCCGAGUACGUGCAUUGCACCAACCCUGACGUCACGAAGAGCAUCGUAAACACCGAGACAGUCAGCGAGCGGGUCAAGCUUGUCAUCCUGGAGCGGAAGUUGUCGCGCCUGAACGCCGCUCUGGAGCGCGAGCGGAAGUACAAAUACGACAUGGAGAACAAGCUGGGAACCAUGUCUCCGAAAUCAAAGUGGACUAAUAAGUUUGGACUCUACUGAAUUCUGCAAGCGUUUAUUUAAUGUAUGCAUUAUUGUUGCAGUGUAGACCGUUGUACUACAUGAAUACGAAUUACUGAAUUCUGUAUUUUUUUUAAAUAUUAAUCGUUUUGUAGAACAUGUUUGAAUUCUUAAAAUGCCAAUUAAUGUGUCAAUCGUAUGAUAUAUCAUUAACGAGAUGAUUUUGUGUGCACUUAAUUCUUCAAAUGAUUAUUUAAGUGCCAAUAAAAAAAAUGGCAUUGUAGAAUGAUAACAGACACAAGUAUUCAAUGGUAUGAAAACGACUUCUCACAUAAUGUCAUGAUGAAUAUGACUAGUUCCAUCCAAGAGAAACAUCGCUAUUCGUGAGAUCAAAGGUAAAAGGUAAAAGUACAGCACUAAUAGCCAAAGCUUUACAGCUGCGUCAAAAUUGUAUGUAGAGGGUAUUUGUAUCACCGUCACCGUAAGGGAUAUGUUCAGUGUAUAGUGUGCACUUACAAUAGAUAGUGAUCAUUUUUUCAGUAUUUGUAUUUUUUUGAACAAAUAUAACUAUAAUAAAGUAAUGAAGAGAACGUUACAUUACAACUUCGUAACGUGGGUGUAUAAUGAUUGUCAUCGGGUUU